GUAUGGUUUUGUUGUUCAGUUCAUCUCAGUAUCUUCUUAGUAGUUUGUGAUCUCAUCUCAUCAGUCAGUCAGUGCUGAACACGAUCACUCCAACUGCCGGACACUUUGACAAGCAACAUUUUUGGCAAGCGCGAAGUUUAUUUUAGUUUAAAACUUAGUUUCUAGCUCCUGCCGAGCUUUUUCUAACUUAAAAUAUAUACCUCUCUGAUUUUACCUUGCCUGCCUAGUGUUUCAGUUUAACUUUACUUACCCAAACUUUGUUAAAACAUCAUCAUAUUCAUUCAAAGUUUUCUUUUUCUUUUAAAAGUGAAGUGAAAGGUGUUAUUCCGUGUCUUUCAUUUAUAUCUCAAGUAACCAGUUACACAACAUUGUUAUGGUUUACUUUUGAAUGAAUAGUCAAUAAAUAAAUUGUUUAUGCGCCAUAAAUUAUUUAUUUAAUGCAUGUAAUUAUGUUCUUUGUAUCCUAAAUGCGUAGUUUCUUAGAUGUGUCUCAGUGGCUUACGUGAAAUAUCCAGAUUAUUAGGUUAUUAAACACAUGCGUUGAAUUCUAAGAUCGGAAAAAUGGACAAAAUAUUUUUUUCAAUAAAUGGGGACAAGAUAUCUGUAUCGGGAUCAGAAGUGACUCCAGACACAUCACUGAAUGACUACAUCCGUAACUAUCUGAACCUACAUGGCACGAAGGCCAUGUGCCACGAGGGGGGCUGCGGAGCCUGUGUCGUGUCCGUCUCUCAAACACAAACCACUGGUGAGAAACAUGUGUUUGCUGUGAACUCGUGCUUGGUCCACGUGUUAUCCUGCCACGAUUGGGACAUCACCACAGUGGAGGGGGCAGGCAACCGCAAAGACGGGUACCAUCCCAUACAGAAACGACUCGCAGCGUUCAACGGUACUCAGUGUGGGUACUGCACGCCAGGAUGGGUUAUGAAUAUGUACAGUCUCUACGAGAUCAACAAACGACUAACCAUGCAGCAAGUUGAGAACUCUUUCGGAGGCAACAUGUGUCGGUGCACAGGUUACCGGCCUAUUCUUGACGCCUUCAAGAGCUUCGCUACUGACGCUGAUGAAAGACUGAAGAAGAAAGUACAGGAUAUGGAAGAUCUAGAUAAGAUUAAAUGCCUUAACAAGUGUGAGAAGAAAUGUGACAGUGAAGCAGAUUGGUGCUUAAUAGAAAACAAGCCUGAAGUAUUAUUACAAGUGGAGAUGAAAGUGAAUCGGUGGUACAAGGCCUAUAACAUCAAGGAUGUAUUUCAGGUACUUAGCAGAGAAGGGACUGAUAGUUACCGUCUCAUUGCCGGAAAUACAGGAAAAGGAGUGUACCCAAUAACAACUGACGCUCGCGUCCUCAUCGAUAUAUCGUCUAUCACCGCCCUAAAGGAAUCCUACAAAGAUAUGAACUUAGUACUAGGCGCUGGUAUGUCUCUAACGGAAUUCAUGUCUGCCUGCACACUUCGAUCCAAUGAGAGCGAUUUCCGGUAUCUGAAGUACUUCUAUGACCACCUAGAUCUGGUAGCCCAUGUACCUGUCAGAAAUAUUGGCACUAUUGGUGGUAACUUGGCGCUGAAAGCGGCGCAUCACGCGUUUCCUUCUGACGUGUUCCUUCUUCUUGAAACCGUGGAGGCGAGCGUUACUAUAGUUAACAGCAAGUUAGAAAAAAUGGUCGUGAAAAUGCAAGAUUUCCUUAACUUGGACUUGAACAACAAGAUGAUCUUAAACGUGAAACUGCCACCACUUUCUGAGAACAACCACAUUAGAACUUAUAAGAUAAUGCCCCGCGCCCAAAACGCCCACGCCGUCGUAAACGCAGGCUUCCUAUUCCGACUCACCUCCAACGCCAUUACCAAAUGUAACCUGGUCUUUGGCAACCUAGCUCCCGACUUUAUCCGAGCUAGCAAGACGGAGAACGCACUUAUUGGUGUAAAUCUGGAAGAUGCUUUAAAAAGGGUAUCGAUUUUAGUUGAAGAGUUGGUCCCUGUGGUAGACCCUCCUGAACCAUCCGCAGGAUGCAGAAGAGUAUCGCCUUUGGGACUUUUCUAUAAGGCACUCCUCUCAAUAGCACCGGCAGCAUCAGUGAACCCUCGCUACGUCAGCGGUGGCAAACCUUUACCGCGACCAGUAUCUCGUGGGACUCAGACCUUUGACACAGAUAAAUCGCUCUGGCCGCUCAAUCAGCCCGUUCCCAAACUGGAGGCACUCUCACAGUGUUCGGGAGAGGCGAAGUAUACAUGUGACGUAAAUACAUCCCCAAGAGAAGUGCACGUCGCCUUCGUACUUUCUACCAUCUGCGUGGCAGAGAUUGAUAAAAUCGACGCUAGCGAAGCUCUGAAACUUAAAGGCGUAGUAUCAUUCUUCACCGCCAAAGACAUCCCUGGAAAGAACUCUUUCACCCCAACCGACGUUCCGUGGCAAGCAUCAGACGAAGAAAUCUUAGCGAGUUCUAAAGUCUCCUACUACGGGCAGCCUAUAGGUCUUAUUGCGGCUGUCAGUCAUAAGCUAGCUUUAAAAGCCGCUGGAUUAGUACGAGUCCAAUAUAAAAAUGAAAAGACACCGGUGCUUAGUAUUGAAGAAGCCUUGGCAGCCCAAGAUAAAGACAGACGGGUCAGAGAAGACAUAUCCGUCAAACCGACCAACAAAGGAGUGGAUACCACCCAAGUGAUCAAAGGCAGCUUUUCCAUCCCCUCCCAAUACCACUACACUAUGGAGACUCAGUGUUGCACCGUCACAAAUACUGAGAACGGCUUAGUAGUGCGAUCUUCAACGCAAUGGAUGGAUUUGGUGCAAGUUGCUGUCAGCCAGGCUCUUAACAUUCAGGAAAACCAGGUGGAAGUCCAAGUGCCCCGUGUGGGCGGAGCUUACGGCGGCAAAGCGUCUCGCUCGGCAAUGUUCGCUUGUGCGUGCGCGCUCGUAGCUCGCUCGCUGAGCAGGACAGCUACUCUCGUUGUCCCUCUCACUGAUAACAUGCAGAUUGUGGGGAAGAGGCAGCCUUGUAGGGCUGACUAUGAGAUCGGCAUAAACGAUGAAGGCAUAAUCCAGUACCUGGACAUGAAAUACUACUCCGAAUGCGGGUACUCGUUCAACGACAGUUCAGGCGGCGAGAUAGUCGGAGUGUUGACCAACUUGUACGAGACCAGUCGGUGGGGCAUCACCGGCCACAGUGUGCUGACCGACAAACAUUCUAACACCUGGUGUAGAGCCCCUGCAACAAGCGAAGGCAUAGCAAUACUCGAGCACAUCAUGCACAGAAUCGCACACGCUACAAAAAAGGACCCCGCUGCCAUCAAAAUUCAGCACCUACUACCCAAACACGAAUCCGUCAAAGACUUACUUCUAUCAUUCAAAACUGACAUUAAAUACGACGAAAGAAAAGCGGAAAUUGAGAAGUAUAAUUCUGAAAACGCUUGGAAAAAGCGAGCGUUAGAGAUAUCGAUAAUGUCUUACCCUAUUGGGUAUUCGUGGAACUUUCCGGUGACAAUUUCGGUGUACCACGCGGAUGGGACGGUGGUGAUAUCUCACGGGGGGAUCGAGAUGGGACAGGGGAUUAAUACUAAAGUGGCGCAAGUGUGUGCGUACACUUUGAAGGUGCCGCUUGAAAAGAUAUCAGUCCGUGGAAGCGACAGUUUCACUUCCCCUAAUGCCAUGGCAAGCAAUGGCAGUAUUACGAGCGAGUGCGUCGCGUUCGCGACUAUAAAGGCUUGCAAUGAUCUGACUAGUAGGAUGGAACCCGCUAGAGCUGAACUAGCCGACCCAACUUGGGAAGAAGUAGUCAAACGAGCGUAUAACAAAGGUAUAAACCUCCAAGCGAGCGCCAUGACAUCAGACAACGACGCACUGGUCGGCUACAGCGUAUACGGCGCCUGCGCUGUGGAACUAGAACUGGACGUGCUGACGGGAAAUCACGUCAUCGCGCGCUCUGAUAUACUGGAGGACACGGGGGUCAGCAUGAGCCCGGAGAUCGACGUGGGACAGAUCGAAGGCGCCUUCAUAAUGGGUCUCGGGCUAUGGACGUGCGAGCACCUAAUAUACGCGCCAUCCGGGCGAUUGAUCACAGAGCGCACGUGGACAUACAAGCCGCCGGGAGCGCGCGACGUACCGACAGACUGCCGCGUCAGCUUCAAGAGGAACGCGGCUAACAACGCCGGCGUUCUGCGAUCCAAAGCAACGGGCGAGCCAGCGCUGACGCUAGCCGUGGUCGUAACUCACGCCCUACGCAGCGCCAUUGCCGAGUCCAGGAAAGAAUACGGUUACGUUGAUACCAAGUGGAUUGAUGUUGAUACGCCUUUUAGCAUCGAGAAUAUACUCAAAGCAAUUUCUCCGAAACCAGAAGUUUACAAGCUCAAAUAAUUUAAUUUUACUUGAAUGCUUCCACAAGACUCAAAUGACAUCACUAAUUAUUACAAUACAUUUUUAGGUAUAUAUGUAUGUAUAGCGAAACGGAAACAAGUUUCUACGUGUGAUUAUGAGUGGUGCAGUGGUGCUGUAUUAUAAUUUUAAGGAAAAAGAAUACCAGUGAAAUUGAAACAAGUAUUAUUAAGUAUAAUGAUAAUCUCAGAGUAUAUUUUUUUAUUAUACAACUUUACAAUUAAAUGCAUAAAAUACUGAAGGCAUUUUAGACUUAUUAUUGUUAUAGUUUUCUUCUUCUAUUAUUGUUAUAGUGACAUGAGGUAAAAUAAAACACUGAUUGCAAAAUAUAUUGUUAUUUAUUAAUAUUUACAAACAAUUUCAUUAUUUAUUUCCUUCAUCAUGUUGGUAGAAAAACAUAAUCCUUUAGUGAACAAAUUAACAAUAAUAUUCAGGGCCAUAAGAAAACCAAAUUUUGUUAUGAUCAACUUUAAUAAAUAUUGAGAACAGGCGUUUAAGCAUGGUCGUGCGAUAAAUGAUAAAAACAUCAGGCCGUCCCUGUCGCACUUACUAAUAGUGCGAUAGGGACGGCCUGAUGUUUUAUCAUUUAUCGCGCGAUCAUGCUUGCCUGCCAGAAGUGCAGAUGGUAAGAAAACUAGAGUGUAACGCUGAAGUGCAAAUUUAAACCUUAAAACUACAGUCUGUUGGCUUAUAUUCACUUACCGCCUUAUUGAUAAACUAAGGGUGGUUGAACUUAAGUUGGUAUUUCAUUCUGACAAACAAUGACAUAAUUGAUGAAAACGAAAUGAAGAGGGCAUGAGAAAAGGGGAUUUAACAAUAACAAGUUUGACAAAUUGACAGCGGGAACAUUUUUUUUUAGAUUUAUAAACGGCCGUGUGGUGACGGGUUAAGAAUUUCACCAACCCUUUCUUCCCGUGGGUGUCGUAGAAGGCGACUGUGGGAUAUGGGUUAAAUUGUGGCGUA